CACGACGGCGCCGGUGGUCACCAGCCAUCACAACAGCCACCACCAGAGCCACCAAAACAACAAUAAUAUAAUUAAUAUGAAUAACAACAACAACAAGACGUUAACCGGUGGCCAACUGGUGAAUGGCUUGAUUCCGCACCACAAGCAAAACGGAACGGUAGCCAACGGCUCGGCCAAACACCACAGUCAGCCGCCGCCGCAGCUGAUCCAAAACCACUCGCUCUCGCCCGAGAGGGCGGUCUCCGUGGACACCACCGACUCGAUGAGACAUAUAUCGAAACAGAAGCAAAACAAAAUCAAUCGAAAUAAUCGUAAGAAGAAUAACACAGAGGAAGCACUCUCUCCAGAUGAAGUCUUUAUGCCGAAAGACAUCGACUUAGAUAAUGGAGAACUCGACGAA